CCGGGGGCUCCCCGUGAGUAGGAGCCGUGUGCCCCCCCCCUCGGCACGAUCCGGAUUCCCGGGAAAAGCUGACGCUUCCUUGCUAUUAAUUUCUUUUUCCUAUGCAAAAAAAUGUGACGGCGGGGGCAGAACUGGAAGGGGUGGGAAGGGCUGGAUCACCAAAGCUGGGGGGGUGUGGGGGGAGACUGGGAGCAUUCCCAUGGUGGGAAACUGGGAGCCUUUCCAUGGUGGGAGCCCAGGAUCCAUCCCACGGUGGGAGCCUGUGAUUCUUCCCAUGACAGAAGCCCGAGAUGUGUCUGAUGGUGGGAGCCUGGGAUCCAUCCCAGCAUGGGAGCCCAGGACCCUUUCCCAUGGUGGGAGCCCAGGACUCUUCCCAUGGCGAGAGCCUGUGAUCCUUCCCAUGGUGGGAAUCCAGGAUCCAUCCCACAGUGGGAGCCAGGGACCCUUUCCCAUGGUGGGAGCACAGGGUCCUUCCCACAGUGGGAUCCCAGGAUCCCUCCCGUGGUGCCAGUGGCCAUGGCAUGGCCGGGCAGGCUCUGGUACAGUCAGGAUUUGGCAGGAGCAGCCUGUGAGUGUCCCAGGGCUGCAGCCCGGGAAGGGAGCAGCUCCACGUGCACCAAUAUCCUUUAAAAUAACAAAAAGCCAGGCUGGGGUUCCUGCCUGGGGAGGGAUUUUUGCUCCUUCCACCUCUGCCAAGAGGGAUUUCCCCUCCUCCUGUCUGCUGGGACACUGCCAGGGCCAUGGGGAGGAGGAAGGAUGUCCCUGGGAUGACCCUGGGAAGGAUGUCAUGGUGCUGCCCCAGGGAUGGACCCCAGGGAUGGAUUCUGUGGGAUGGAUCCCAAGGCUGGACACUGUGGGAUGGAUCCCAAGGGCUGGACCCUGUGGGAUGGACCCCGUGGGUGUCGGUGGGUUCAGCACGUUGUACAAUCCCAGGUUGGAUGGAUUUGACCUGCAGCACAGGGAAGGACACCAAACACUGCUGGAUUUCCUUAUACAUCCCUGUUUUCCCCGGCUCCAAGCUGCCGAGCUGGCUGGCACCCCCCGGGCAGGGCUGUCCCCGCUGCCCCCGUCGCGCCCCACGUGCUGUCAGUGCCCGUUGUUAUUUAUGCUACCACGGAAUAGUGCUGGAAUAAAACCUUUUCAGGACACCACAGCCCUGGUCACUCCUGUCCUUCCUCCCCAGGGGGUUGUGUGGGAGCACUGGGCCCCCCUGAGGGAGUGGGGAGGACCCCCAGGGGCACUUCUGGGGGUGCACAAAGGGGGAUAA